GUCACACUGCAAUACGACAGCAGCAGCUUUUAAGCAGAAGCAAAAUAUACAUAAAGAAAACACAAUUGAAACUUUUAUCGAGUUAGAAUUUAGAGCAAAAUAACGAGUGUAAAGCAAUUAGAAAAUGUUUCGCUCUACUUUCGAUCGAAAUCUGGAGAACGCAACCAGCCAUUUGCGCUUGGAACCCGACUGGCCAUCCAUACUCUUGAUCUGCGAUGAAAUCAACCAGAAAGAUGUCACCCCAAAAAAUGCCUUUGCUGCUAUUAAGAAGAAAAUGAACUCGCCCAAUCCUCACUCGGCAUGCUACUCGCUACUGGUGCUCGAGAGCAUUGUGAAGAACUGCGGAGCUCCGGUGCACGACGAAGUGUUCACCAAGGAGAACUGCGAGAUGUUUAGCAGCUUCCUGGAGCAGACGCCGCACGAGAAUGUGCGUCAGAAAAUGCUGGAACUAGUCCAAACAUGGGCCUAUGCUUUUCGUUCUAUGGACAAAUAUCAGGCGAUUAAGGACACCAUGACCAUUUUGAAGGCCAAGGGACACACGUUCCCCGAACUCAAGGAGGCGGAUGCCAUGUUCACCGCCGACACGGCGCCCAACUGGGCAGAUGGCAAGGUGUGUCAUCGGUGUCGUGCCGAGUUCACGUUCACCAAUCGCAAGCAUCACUGCCGUAAUUGCGGUCAGGUAUUUUGUGGCCAGUGCACGGGUAAACAGUGCCCGCUGCCCAAGUAUGGCAUCGAGAAGGACGUGCGUGUGUGCGACGGCUGCUUCAUGGCAUUGCAACGUCCAGCUGGAGCAGCUUCUGGCAAGACUAGUUCAACGAGAGUGGCUGGAGAUUCGGAUCUGCCUGCGGAAUAUUUGAACAGCUCGCUGUCACAACAGGUGCAGACGCCAGCGCGCAAAAGCGAACAGGAGUUGAAGGAGGAGGAGGAACUGAACUUGGCGCUGGCUCUUAGCCAGUCGGAGGCGGAGCAAAAGAAGCAGCAACCGAUUAGCUAUCGUAUGCAGCAACGAUCUCCAAGCCCCGAGGCGCCGCCAGUUCAAGCCCAAGUCGCUGUGCAACAGCAGCAACAGCAGGAGGAAAGCAAUCCCGACUUGGCCAAGUACUUGAAUCGCAGCUACUGGGAGCAGCGCAAGAUAAGCGAAUCCUCGGUCAUGGCUAGUCCCUCGGCACCUAGUCCUAUGCCACCUACACCGCAACCCCAACAGCAGCUGCCACAACUGCUGCAACAGGCACAGCAAAUGCUGCCAGCCAAGACCGCCGAUGAGCUGCAGAUCGACGAGUUUGCCGCCAACAUGCGUAUCCAGGUCGAGAUCUUUGUGAACCGCAUGAAAUCGAAUUCGAGUCGUGGUCGCAGCAUCUCCAACGAUUCCUCGGUGCAGACGCUCUUCAUGACGCUGACCUCGCUGCACUCGCAACAGCUCAGCUACAUCAAGGAGCUGGACGACAAGCGCAUGUGGUACGAGCAGCUGCAGGAUAAGCUCGCCCAGAUCAAGGAUUCGCGUGCAGCGUUGGAUGUGCUGCGCCAGGAGCAUGUGGAGAAGUUGCGUCGCAUUGCCGAGGAGCAGGAGCGACAGCGUCAACUGCAGAUGGCUCAGAAACUCGAGAUUAUGCGCAAGAAGAAACAAGAGUAUUUGGACUAUCAACGUCAGCUGGCACUGCAGCGCAUCCAGGAGCAGGAACGCGAAAUGCAGCUGCGCCAAGAGCAUCAAAAGGCGCAGUAUUUGAUGGGCCAGCAGACAGCUCCAUAUCCCUACAUGGCGGCGCCUCACGGUUCGCCCUCGCAUCAAUUAAACAACGUUUACAAUCCAUAUGCGGCAGCUGGCGGCUUUGCCGCUGCUCCGAAUGGACAAUUUGCGGGAGGGAUUGCGCCUCCUGGCAUGUACAUGAUGCAACCCGACAACCCGUAUCCCAAUCCCGGACAGGCUAAUCCAAUGAUGCAGCAGCUGCCGCAGCAACAACAACCUCAAGCGCCGCUGCAGCAGUCUCUGCAACAGCCACAGUCCCUUCAGCAACCACCGCAAUCCCUUCAACAACCACCACAAUCCCUUCAGCAACCACCGCAAUCCCUUCAACAACCACCACAAUCCAUACAACAGCCACCGCAACCUCUUCAGCAACCCCAACCCCAUCUGGCCCACGUCAUGUUGCAGCAACAGCAAAUGGUUCAAACACAUUCGCCCCUCGCCAACACUCAAGCUCCGCCACAACAACAACAACUGCCUCCACAAGCAGCUGCUCCGCCACCACAGCAACAACAACAACAACAGCUCGCAGUCUCAGCUCCACCUCAAACUAUCGAAGCCCAGGUUCAAGCUGUGGCUGCUGCGCCAGCUCCACCGCAAAACGAACCCGAACCUGUCAAGGCAACUGAACCUGCCACCGCGGAGCUCAUCAGCUUUGAUUAGAACCCAUUUUUUUUGUUAAAACGUUAAACAAUUAGAUCGAGAUCUUAUUCUAACCCGCAUGUUAUUCCAAAAAACUAUAUUAUAUUAUGUAUUUGUCAAACGUAGUCAAAAACAAAAUCCGACCUGCUUCUGAAUUUCUUGAGCAAAAUUAGACAAAAGACUAACGUAAGAAAGCUGGAUUUAAUCCUUUGAAAGCAAUUCCCAAACAAUGAAAACAUGAACGGGUCUGGAGCAUAGAUAAUAA